GUCGACACCAUCCUUUUUGCAUGCUCGUUCAGUCACUUCUGCACCUGACAGUCGGGUGGUCUUUUCGUUUGGGAACUUAUCUGCAAGUAUACUGCAUGACGAGCUGUUGGGCAUUAUAGGUGCUGUUUUAUUAUCUAUUCACGCUAACCUGCACGAACCCUACCUCGUCUUCACAGAUCACAAGAAUGCAGUGCACUUGGUUUUCCAAGUGUUCUACUCUACAUCUGGAACACUCAGUCGGCACGCUCGUUGUACUAAUGGCUAUGUUCCCUCCUGCAUCUCCUUCGCCUUCACUCUUCUGGCCUGCUGCUCACACAGGCAGUCUCACACCAGAAUGUCUAGUUAAUGAUCAUGUAGAUCGCAUGGCCUCUUCUGCGCAACAAAGCAAUGAAGUUCUUCCCUCUUCACCACUUGUAACAUUUGCCAUAGAUGACUAUACCAUCUUUGCGCCUGGUUAUGGAUUAAUUGAGUGUAAUUUGUCUUCUUUCGUUGCUUUCCAGCUUAAGGGUGCUUAUGCGUUGAAUGACUCCUUCCAUCCGGCCAAAGCAUUCUGUAUGGCAGUCAUCACCUGCCCGACUCUCUUACACACGAGCGUCUAGCUCAUUCUCUGUUCCCAUGCAACUAUAUGUCUGAUCAUCGCAACUAGAC